AUGGCAGAAACACCUCUCUCGGGAAGAAGAAGAUACAGGGCAUCACUGGCAUCAACACCGGCCAGCGUAUUUGCUACUCCACAAAGAAGACUCCGACGUGAGGCCACAACUCCACAUACUAUUCGAGCUCUAGCGGCACAAGCAACUCCUGGUAGGAGAAUAUCUCGAUUGAUUAAAGUCAAAACUAGAACCCCUCGUGAUGAUUUGAGAGCUUUGAGUCGAGCUCUAGUGAGAGAAAAUAGCAAUGAACGAGCUGAAAGUGCACCCCAAGUUGUAAGACGACCAAAAGUGUCUAGUCACUUGACACAACCGCCGAUAUCUCGCCAAAUCCAAAGUCCUCCGAAAGUCACUACUACCAAGAUAUUUCAUUUUCCAGAACCUACAGAGGUAAUAAAAAAUGGAAACUUCUCUACCAAGCUGGUGCCGUCUGAUUUGGUAGAUAAUCGUGCAAAACAGACGCCUGCCAGAAACAGCCAGCCCACGAAUGACGUUUUUAAUAGUGAUACUAAAGUACCGAAUGACUCACCUUAUCGUCGGGUUGAUCCUGUUUUAAGACGGUUGAGUCAAGCACCUGAAGUACAAGCAAAGCCUGAUGCAAGAAUAUCACCCCCCAAGUUUACCAGCACUCCUCGAGACAUUGAAAUUGAGAGGCGGAUAGCGGCAGACAGGUUGAGCAUCGACCGACGGUUCAGCACUGCUUUUGAUGUGGCUGAUACGACAAUUGCUUCACGAAGAGACACCUUUGGCUUCCCGAUUUCAGAUGUCAGCAUAGGUAAUAUUACCCAUCAAUCCAGUUUUCACAUAGAUGUGACUGAAGAUGAUCCCUCCACAAGAGCUUACGAUAUAUCUGGAGAAGACGCUACUCUCAGUUUCAGGGAUAGAACGGGAUAUGGAAACAUUACUGGGAUCUCGGAGUACGACAAUGAUAAUGAAAGCGAUAAUAAUAAUGACAAUGAUAACGAAAAUGACAUUGCUAACCAAAGCGACAAUGAUAAUUAUGAAAAUACCAAUGAUGAUACAACAAUAAAUGUUAAUGAAACUAAUGAAAUUAAUGAUGAUUAUGAUGAAUACGAGGCGUAUGGAAAUGACUACGAUGAUAAUAAUGACAGCGUCAACCAACUCGAAACCAACAGUGAAGACGACGUGAGGGACGGGGGAAGUGAAGAGAGUGAACCUGAUCCAAAUGGUCCGAUUAUAGGAGAAGAAGACACAACAAUUGGAUAUGAUGAUAUUGGCGUAGUGGAUGAUAUUACCCUGCCAAUACGUGCUCCAAGACCAAUAGCUGCGUCGUCUUCCAAACGCGAUACACGAGCUGUUUCAAAAGAAAGACCGAAAGUCGAGACAGCAAUUCCUCGAAAAGUUAUCAAAGAUAUAUUAAAAACGGUGACAUCCUCUCGACUGACACCAGAAGCUUUUGAACAAGUACUUGAGGCAUCGAAUGCUUUUUUUGAGCAGGCCACAACUGAUUUAUCUGCUUACGCACAGCAUGCAAAACGUAAGAACAUAGACGCUUCUGAUGUGAUCCAGCUGAUACACCGCCAAAGACAGCUCAAUGAUACAUUUCCAUUCUCACUGGCACACAAGUACCUGCCUGCUGAGUUAUUAAAUGAUAUAGAAAAGAGAAUGUAG